AAACACACCUUAUUCUCAAAGCUGCUGGGCCUUGCCACAAUCAGGAACUGAUCCAUACCUGAAAUCUUUAACUGUCGGCUUCCCAGUCUCUGGCUUAACCUCCUCUUUUCAUUUGGUCUGUCAUCUCCAAACUUUACCUCUGUCCUUCUCCAGCUUAGACCUUCUUUCCUUUCCCUGGUUGAGUGUUUGGGUGGACCACGGGCCCUACAGUGAAGCCGCUGGUGCCACAGUCACUGCUGGCACCUGCUCUACCUCCUCCUUCAGGGAGGCCAUCCUGGCAGCCUCACCACUCUAUUACCAGUGCCUUCCCCUUUGUUAACCAAAAGAAGAGCACCUCUGUGUGCCAGGCAUUACAUUAGAUAUAGCGGUGCGGUAUGUGCCUUUCAGGAAUCCCCUCUGCCAUAUUUUAGAAAAAGGACAGUAGAAAGCCAAGAGAAGGCUUAUUAGAAGGUAGGUCGUAAGCUAUAGAAGAGCAUUUUGUUCUAAAAAGAACAUAGAAGAGGGUUGUUUUUCUUGUUUUGUUUUUAAAUCAGAAAGCCGAGAAAACUCUCUGUGACCUGCAUGAGCCUGUAGGGGAGUUUGUUUACACUGAAGCAAGGUUCCACAGGGCACAGUGGAAAGGGUUGGGAGGGAAUUCGUGGAUGGGAUGAUGUGUCAUUGUGGAGGAAGCUUGGAGCUGUGUGAGGAUGAGAGUUGAGGAGAGGAUAGAUAGUUGGCCUGGGGGGCUUGUGUGGAAAGAAAAUUACUUUGCUUCAUAAACAGUCUAGUAAGCUGAAUUAGUUUAUUCUGCUUAAGAGAUCUAAUUAUAAUCCCACUAUUUGGCUUCGUUUCUCUGAUAUGCAAAAAUGCGGCUUAAUUUCCUUUAAAAAUUAUGUAUUUAUGUUUUAAAUAUAUAAACAAUACAUGGUCAUUGUUUUUAAAAAUAAGGUUAAUGAGGUAAGUAAGAAGGAAAAGAUAAACCUCAAAGUUUCCUGAAGUCUCACUACCCCAGGGACAUCAUUUUGGUAUAUAUUCCUCCAGACUUUUUCUCAUCUAAACAUAUAUAUAUAUAUGUAUAUUUAAUUUUUGAAAAUAUACUGAGUAUACUGCAGUUGCCUGCUUUUUUUCCCACAUAACAACAAUACCUAGUAAAUACUAUUUCUCAGAAUAGGUAGAUUGCUGCCAUCAUUUUUAGUUGUUAUAGUAAUCCAUUGUAGGACUGUACUGUAUUUCUAUUGUUGGGCUUUUGAAUACUUUCCAGUUUUUUAUUAUAAAUAAGGUUAGAAAGAAAAACCUUGUGGGUGCAAGUUGGCAUAUGUAUCUGAUUAUUUCCUUUGGGUAAGUUUCUAGGAGUUUUCAAGGUCAACAGUGUACUUUUUGGUUUAAUUUCUUAUCUCUUUUUCUCAUGAUUUAGUAUUUAGCUGAGAAAUCCUUUUUGGUUGAUAAUUUGGGGACAUGUUUAAAUAUAUUUGGUAAACAGUGUAAAAUCACUGGGAUAGGCAUAUAUUUGUAAGUUAACAAUUUACCAUUGUUGAAUAGAUAUUUAAUAGAUUUUUUCCCCCAGGUAGGGAAGCCAAAAAAUUAGCCCACAAACCUUUAAGUUGUUUUCUCCCAAAGGGUUUGUACAUGUAGGACUUAGGCAGUGGAAUUGAGAUAAUUAUAAAAACUUUUUAAGCUCUAAGUUAAUAAUGUCUUCAGAAUGCAUGGAAAUGAUUAACACAGUUUUCUUUGAUUACUUUUUUUCCAGGUGAUUCAUGGCAGGGGACGUGGAAGGAUUCUGUUCCUCCAUCCAUGACACCAGUGUCUCUGCUGGGUUCAGAGCACUGUAUGAGGAGGGAUUGCUUCUUGAUGUCACUCUGGUUAUUGAAGAUCAUCAGUUCCAGGCCCAUAAAGCACUCUUGGCCACCCAGAGUGAUUACUUCAGAAUUAUGUUUACCGCAGAUAUGAGGGAGCGAGAUCAGGACAAAAUUCAUUUAAAAGGUCUAACUGCUACCGGUUUCAGCCACGUCCUUCAGUUUAUGUACUAUGGAACUAUAGAACUGAGUAUGAGUACUGUUCAUGAGAUUCUUCAGGCUGCCAUGUAUGUUCAACUUAUAGAAGUGGUGAAGUUCUGCUGCUCUUUUCUAUUAGCAAAAAUCUGCUUAGAAAACUGUGCAGAAAUAAUGAGACUCUUAGAUGAUUUCGGUGUAAACAUCGAGGGAGUCAGGGAGAAGUUGGACGCCUUUCUGCUAGACAACUUCGUACCACUCAUGUCCAGGCCUGACUUCCUGUCUUAUCUGAGCUUUGAGAAGCUCAUGUCUUACUUGGAUAAUGAUCAUCUGAGCAGGUUCCCAGAGAUAGAGCUGUACGAGGCUGUGCAGUCUUGGCUGCGGCAUGAUAGAAGACGCUGGAGACAUACCGAUACCAUCAUUCAGAACAUCAGGUUUUGUUUGAUGACCCCAUCCAGUGUUUUUGAGAAGGUUAAGACAUCAGAAUUUUAUAGAUACUCCCGACAGCUGCGCUAUGAAGUUGACCAAGCCUUGAAUUACUUUCAGAACGUUCACCAGCAGCCUCUGUUGGACAUGAAAUCAAGCCGCAUCCGCUCUGCCAAACCCCAAACUACAGUAUUCCGAGGCAUGAUUGGACAUAGCAUGGUUAACAGUAAAAUACUUCUCUUAAAGAAACCAAGAGUCUGGUGGGAACUGGAGGGCCCACAAGUACCUCUGCGUCCGGACUGCCUUGCUAUCGUGAAUAACUUCGUGUUCUUGUUGGGUGGGGAAGAACUGGGCCCAGAUGGCGAAUUCCAUGCUUCUUCCAAAGUGUUCAGGUAUGACCCGAGACAAAACUCUUGGCUCCGGAUGGCAGACAUGUCUGUACCACGUUCAGAAUUUGCAGUUGGUGUUAUUGGAAAGUUUAUUUACGCUGUAGCAGGCAGAACCAGAGAUGAGACUUUCUAUUCAACAGAGAGAUAUGAUAUCACCAAUGAUAAAUGGGAAUUUGUGGAUCCUUAUCCAGUUAACAAGUAUGGACAUGAGGGGACAGUGCUCAAUAACAAGUUGUUUAUCACUGGUGGAAUCACCUCAUCUUCCACCUCCAAACAAGUGUGCGUGUUUGACCCCAGUAAAGAAGGGACCAUAGAACAGCGGACCAGGAGAACUCAAGUAGUUACCAACUGUUGGGAGAAUAAGAGCAAAAUGAAUUACGCUAGAUGUUUUCACAAGAUGAUUUCUUACAACGGCAAGCUUUAUGUCUUCGGUGGUGUCUGUGUGAUCUUGAGGGCCUCUUUUGAGUCUCAGGGAUGCCCUUCCACAGAAGUGUACAACCCAGAGACUGAUCAGUGGACCAUCUUGGCAUCCAUGCCAAUUGGUAGAAGUGGCCAUGGUGUGACUGUGCUGGACAAACAGAUAAUGGUUCUUGGAGGCCUUUGCUACAAUGGUCAUUACAGCGAUUCUAUUCUCACUUUUGAUCCGGAUGAAAACAAAUGGAAGGAAGAUGAGUACCCGCGGAUGCCCUGCAAGCUGGAUGGUUUACAAGUAUGCAACCUGCAUUUUCCAGAAUAUAUACUGGACGAGGUCAGACGUUGCAACUAAUGGCAUCUUUCUCCCUUCAAUAAAGCCAAACAAAAAAUUUGUUUGAGACAAAGUAGUUAAUUAAAACACAUAAAGAAGAACCUCACUAGUUUUACUAUCAAAGCCAUUGGUCUAAUACAUGAAAAUGUUUUCAUUCUGUUCUCGCAUCCUGUUUUUUCUUUUUAGUGGCCUCAAACUCAUGCAAUAAGUCAAUUCUAAGCACUAGCUCUUGAAACUACUUCCAGAAGCAGUUUAAUAGAACGAUUCACUUAUCUGGGAAGUUGAUGUUAUGCUUUAAACAUUUCUUUCAAAUGUCAGUGUAGGAGUCAUGCAUCUUCUAAGAGAAGACCUGAUAAGUGUCACUGGAUGUAAUUUCAGUUCCUAUCUCUAUCUGAAAUCUUUUUGAACAUUUAUUUCGGUGUAUUGCAGUCUGUUAGACUUUUUGAUUUUAUUUUUUAAGUUUAAAACU